AUGCGAAACGGAAGCCCGAUUUGCGAGGUGGAGCAGGUAGCCACCUUCUGCAGCCUCCUGUACAGAGCCCCGCCACACCGGACCAUCAGCACUCGCCGCCGCAGCAUGUACCGGUCCAUGUAUCGGCGCCAAAUGGAUCGACUGGCCUACCGAAACGCAUGGUUCCUGGAGACCUCCGGCUGUUCUGCUGCGGUCGCCACCGGCGUCGGUCCCAAAGUCGAGCUCGUUGUCGGUCGACAAGAGGCCCGUCUCGAGCUAGACACCACCGACGGUUCAGACGGU